CACACACUCUGACAUCUCACAUCAUCUCCUCUGCACACUCACCAUAAGCACCAGCCAGCCAGCCAGCAAGCUAGCCAGGCCCGUUUGGAGCAGGGGAGCCCAGCCGUCUCGUCACCCAAAAUGGAUGUACUGAUGAAGGGGUUCUCCAUGGCCAAGGAGGGGGUGGUGGCCGCUGCAGAGAAGACCAAAGCCGGCAUGGAGGAGGCAGCAGCCAAGACCAAGGAAGGGGUGAUGUAUGUAGGCAAUAAGACAAAGGAGGGAGUUGUGUCAUCAGUAAACACAGUGGCCAACAGGACCGUGGAUCAGACCAACAUCGUCGGAGACGCAGUGGUUGCCGGGGCCAACGAAGUCUCACAGGCAACCGUGGAGGGGGUCGAGAAUGUCGCUGCGUCGACCGGGCUGGUCAACCAGGAGGAGCCUGUAUACGAGGGAGAAUAUGGAGGAAUGGAGCAGGGUGGGGAAGGAGGAGAGGGGUAUUAGUCGCCUUCAGGAUCUCCCCUCCCAUGCUCUCCGGCGGCCCCUCGCUCCCCUCGCCUCGCUGUACCAGACUCCAGAUGUUCCACAUAUUUUUUUGUGACUUUUCAGAGCCAAAAUCAACUAAAACAGACUCUUCCGGAUGCCGCACCUCAGCCCUUCUGCCUCGUCACCGCCCCGCCCCCCCAGCAGCCACCUGUCCUCACCCCUUCUCCGCCCCCCGACUCUCUGCAGCCUGUAGCUUUUCCUCCACCGCCCGACACACCCUCGCCCCACCUGUGUGUUAGUGUCGUCCUGAUAUGAACCCUGGUGUCCUUACUGCCCCCACGCCUACCAACCUUUAGGGAAACCUCACACACAAACACACGCGUGCACACACACACACACUCACACACACACAAAAAGAGAUACACCUUCAUUCCACACAUGCAUGAAACACACACACACACAUGCAGUACAUACAGUCAAUGCCAGCACAGACGCACACACUGGGCAAACAUUUCGGGUGUGUACAUACAGUCAAGCCUCUGCAGUCCACAACAAUAGCUCACAGCGUGUGUGAGGCAGGGUGUGUGAUCGGCUGUUCGCGUGCCUGUGACAGCUUAUAUAUAUGUGCGUGUGUGUGCAUGUGUAGCUGCUGGCGAGUAGAAUAAACCUCCAGAGGCUUGUGCAGGGAAUCGUGCAUCGAGGACAGAUAUCACUCUGUUGUGUGUGCAGUAGUUAGUUAGCUACAAUAGACUGCAUGAUCAGAUGUGUAGAAUGACUCGUCUCGUGCUGUAACUGUAGAGUAGCUGUUCUGUGUAGCUUCGUAUGGCUUAGUGUGUGUUUCGCCUCCACGUUUAGUAAACAGGGUUAUUACAGUGUCUCCAUAACAAGAGAGAACACAACAGUCAAUAACUGUUAAUCAGAUCUGCUUGGAUUCACAAAAAAGUCUUGGGUGAGAAUAUUCCCCCUCAGUGCAAACAUCUCAUAGCUUCAAUAAUGAGUUCCAACAGAAAAUAUGUCAGACACAAGGGAAUAAAAUGAUUUUUUUUAAAGCUACUUAAGGGGAAAUUUAAAAGGAAAACUGGGUCUUAGGGGUUAAAAAAGCUUAAUUUAAGGAGGAAAUAUGAGCAGCUAAUCACCUUGUUAUUGUGUAGUCGCUUUGUAGUGUUUGUGACACUGGUUUGCAUGCCAUUGGGAGUAAGUUAUUCAGAUUUCUGUGCUGAGGGAAUGAGGCCACACAGCUUGAAUUCUGGGAUAUGCUGUUUGUUAGGGGAUAUUUUCUGUAGCCCAUCGACCGUCUCAGCCAAUCACAGGAUCCUCUUCGCCUCUCUGUCAGUGUGAUGCCACCGCUCGCUGCUCGUCUGCCUCAGUGUGUGUGUCUGUAUGCACUCUAUGUGUGUGUGUGUAUAUAUGUGUGUGUUAACAUAGAACCGGUUCAGCCAGCAAAGUGUGUGUGUGUGCGUGUGUGUGUGUUUGUGUCUGGAGCAGGUUUGUGUGUUUUUACUUUGAGGCCAAUGGAAACUGAUGACUGCAUGUUGCCUUAUCAAGCAAUCUGACAUUCACACACACACACACACACACACACAGACUACACACUACACCACACUUGUACUAACACACACACACACACACGCAGCACACUCGAAACGACACACAAUCACAAACCCCACUUAAAACACACAAAUCGCACACCAUGUUUAAGUUGGCAUCAAAGCAGACUCGCUGAUUUUAUAAACAGUACCAGUGAAAUUAAAAAGGUUUUGUUGAAAUCCA